AUGAAUAGAGAACCACCCCACAAAUCCAUGAGAUUUUUCGGCAUAUUUAAGGAAGCCUCUAAAAUCACAUUUUCAUGGAAAAAAUUAUUCUUUCAGAUUCUUUUAGCAACAAUCCUCCCUCUAACCAUCCUUAACUUAUCUGAUAUCCAAAUUUCCGACUUCAUUGAAAACCAUACGUAUCGGAACAACAAGAGAGCCAGAUAUAUUGCUCACAUAGUAACUAAAAUCGUCUACGCAAUCCUCACCCUUUUAUUCUAUUUGUUAUCAACUUCUAGCGUAGUUUAUACUGUUUCUUGUUUCUAUGCUUCCAAAGAUACCAAGUUCAAGAAAGUUAUUGGUGUAUUCCCAAAGGUAUGGGGAAGGCUUUUGGUAACAUGCUUGCUGUUUUUCUUUAUCUUGGUUGUAUUCACCAUCGUUUAUCUCGUAUUGUUAUUAAUAUUUGUGACAAGGCUUGAUGGGAACGCGCGAUUGGCUUUAAUCAUCUGCUUCUCAAUUCCUUACAUAAUUGUGCUCAUAUACAUAGCAGUUGUUUGGAAUAUCGCCAUGGUAGUCUCGGUACUGGAAAAAGCUUACGGUAUAACAGCAUUGAAAAGAAGUAAGAAAUUGAUUUACGGCAAGAUAUGGGUAUCUGUUGCUAUACUCGUUGCCUUGAAAUCAUUUUCAUUGGCAUAA